CUCAGCAAUCGUUUCGUUUUUUGUUAAAUCGAAAAAAUUCAAUUUAAAAAAUAUUUUUUAACACCAAAAAAAUUUUAUUUUUCCUUAAAAUUCCAAGGAAAUUUUAAUUUAUUUUCUUUUAUUUGUAUUCAAAAACGGUCUUGGGUUUUUAACAUGUCGGCGGAUAUAAAAACAUCUGAAUUGAAAGAUGACUGCAAUCGUAAUCUGAAAGACAAUGAUAUAGCCAAAACUGGUGCCUUGGCUCGCGGGGGAAAGCCCAUUGUGUUAUCCUCACAGCGCUAUAAUAAAAUUGUAAAUAAUGCCACAACUACGGAACGUUCGAAAGCUCUGGCAGAAGCUGAGGAUGUACAAAAAUAUAAAGAGCAAUUGAAGGCGGGCAAUGAUGAGUUGGUUGCACAGUUUAAGGGCAAUAUGCAGAGGACCCAGGAACAAAAAUUGCAACAGAUCAAGGAGCAAAUGGAUAAGAAAACUAAACAAGGUAUCGCCGACUACGAACAGGCAAAAGAAAAUGAAGCCCAAAAGCGACAGGAGAAAAUCGCCAAGGCCCAACAGAUCAUAGAACGUCUCAAGCCCGGUCCUAGAGAACUUCACAGUGCUGUGCUGCAAAGUGAAGUACUGCGGGCCCGUAACGUACAACGCAACAUCAAUGAAGAAUUCGAAAAGGCCGUCAAAAAGCAAGAACAUGAAACAAAUAAAAUGUGUAACGAGCAAGCAUUAAGUUGGAUUGGCGAGGAACAGCAACGUCUAAACGAGCGUCAAAAGAAUACCAUCGCCUAUAAAAAGGAACUAUUGCAGACCAUAAACGAAAAUCAAAAACAACGUUUUGAACAAAAGAAACAGUUGAUUAAGGAGCAGCAGGCCGCUAGAGAAGCUACAGAUUUUGAGAUGAAGGCACAGAUUGAAAAGGAAAAAGCCAUAAUGGAAAAGAAAAAGGAAGCAUUGCGUAAGAAUGCCUUGGAAGCCAUGAAGAUGGUGGAGCAAAGAAGAUUAAGAGAUCGCAUGGUCGAGGAGGUGGAAGAUCGUUUAUGUUGUGUUUACAAUGCUGGCAAAAGUCAACUGGAUGCUCUACGAACCGAACAGACCAAGAAACUGGCAAAUGAACACCAGAAAAAGAUAGAGGCAGAAGUUAAGAAAUUAAACAAUAUCGAGGAUAAAUCCAAAGCCUUAGAAUCGGAACGUAUGAGACGUGACAUAACUACAAUGCAAUUGAAAUUUACCGCUGAAGAGCAGGAAAAGGUGCGUAAAGACAAAGCAGCCAAGCAGGCCCGCAUCGAGGCUUACUUGAAAGAAAUGCAACAGCAAAAGGAAGUGCAGCGUAAAUUGGAUGAAGAGAAACGCUUUGAUAUGGCUCAACGUUUCAAAAAUACCGAAGUCGAUUGUUUGUUCAACGAAAAACAAAGGGCAGAUAAGUUGCGUCAAUUCCAGGAAGUUCGCACACAACUCAACCAGCAAAUCGAAGAUAAUAAGACACAACAAUUGGCACAGAAACGUGCAGCGCUUACUUGCUCGGACAACACGGUGGACAAAGAACAUAAAUUCUUUUUCGAAUAUGCUCGCAAUCUUAUGGAAGAUGCUCAACAUAAGGGUAGACCGGUAUAUCCAUUUGUUAAGGCGGUGCAUCAAUAUAAACGUGACAAUCAAAUUGAUUGUGAUCGUAAAGUAGCCAAACAUUUGCAAUCUAAUGUUCCUAUUGGGGAGAAAUCCCCGAAAACAUCAUCAUUAACAGCUCAGAAAACUGAUAAGAUGACGCUAGACUCGACCAGAGAAAGUAUUUUACAAAAUUGUUUAAAAAUCACUGAAAUUGUCAAGGCGGCUGAUACCAGCACAAAGGAGGAGAAAACUAGGCCAGAAAUUGCAGAUGUUGUUAUAUCAAAGCCACUGAAUACCAACGAAGAUUGUGCCUUGCAUCAGUUGCGUUACAGCAUGGAUGAAUUAAAGAAAAUGAAUCAAUUUUCUGCUCCCACUUGUCAUUAGACAUGAAUUUUCAAAUAAAUAACAUAAAAAAUUAGUUUUUUAUUUAAUAUUUAUUAAAAAACAUCAACGAUUAUAAAUUCAUUAUAAAAAAUUCGAAAAUUAAGUUAUUAUAUAAAAAAUAGCAAAAAUAUUUAGGUCUCAAACCUUUUCAAUACAUAAUACAUAUUAUUAUUAUUAUUAUUUGUUAAUUGUUAUUGUUAUAAUUAAUUUAUUUGUUAACUUCUUAUUUUAGUAAAUUUCCAGUAGAUUUGUUGUUAUUUAUCGUUUUAAUUUAUUUUGUUGUUUAAUUUGAGAUGCUGUUCGUUUUGGUUGUUUUUAGUUCAAAUAAAUUGUUAUGUUGCUGAUUA